AUGGCGACUGCGGUCGGAGCCUCAGGUCCCGGAACAUCCCAAGAAAAUGGCUCGUCUCCUACCCCCGUUCCUCCAGCCGAUGGCCCAAGUGAAGAGUACGACCCUGCGAACAGAGAAAGGAUACAACGGGUUCUCUCGUCCGACAUUGGAAUUACUACUUUGCUGAACCGAUUGAAACAAAGUAUAAGCUCGACAAGGGACUUUGCAGCGUUCUUGAAAGAAAGAUCCAUCAUCGAAGAAAAGCAUGCACAAGGACUGAAGAGACUAAGUCGAACUACUCACGACGUGAUUCGGCGACCUGAAAAUCGACAAGGCUCGUUCGCUCAGAAUUAUGAGGAAAUCACCAAAACCCACGACCGCAUGGCCGAUCAUGGCAUUCAAUAUGCGAAUAUGCUCUAUGCCAUGUCGGAGGAACUCCAUGAGCUGUCUGCAAAUUCGGAACGGGGACGGAAACAUUGGAAGCAAACCGGCUUGAACGCAGAGAAACGAGUCCAGGAUGCGGAAGCCGCUAUGGAAAAGGCAAAGUACAAGUACAAUUCUCUGGCAGAACAAUAUGACAGGGCGAGAACUGGCGAGAGGCUAUCAGGCAAGUUUGGCUUGAAGGGUCCUAAAUCCGCCGCGCAGUACGAGGAAGAUUUAUCUCGCAAACUUGAGGUCGCCGACAGUGACUACACGUCCAAAGCCCAGGUCGCGCAGACUCAACAACAGGAGCUUUUGACCGCAUACAGACCCCAAACGGUGCAUGCUUUGCAGGAGCUCAUCAAGGAAACAGAUGCUGGGCUGAGCCUGCAGGUGCAAAAAUUUGCCGCUUUGAGUGAAAAGUUGCUCCUGGGAUAUGGACUUUCCAUUACGCCGCUGAAGUCACAGUCGCCAGCAUCUGGUCCAUCGCCCAAGAGUCUCCGAGAAAUCGCCUCGAGCAUCAAUAAUGAUCGCGAUUUCGUUGAAUAUGUCUUGAGCUUUUCAAACAAUGCAGGAACAAGAGCCGACGAGAUCCAGUAUGAGCAGCAUCCUUCGUCGUCGCCUAAACAACAGCCACUAAGUCGACCUCCUCAACCCUACGACUCUGGUCCUUCAGAUCCAUAUGCGCAAGACUAUGGUCCGAAUCAGGGACCUCAAAUGUCCGCUGUCAACCCAUACCCAGGAGAGGAGUAUCGGGCACCUAGUUCGCAGCCACAAUAUCCUACUGGCAAUCAAGGGCAGGCACCGAAUUAUGGACCGUCUAAGCAGCAACCGCCGCCGAGUCAUCAAAAAGAUUAUGGUUCUGGAGCUCCUCAGAGGCCAAGCCAGACCGGGGGUGCAUCUGGAGCUCCUCAACUGCCUCAAAUUGGAUCUUUUGAAGGCGAUCAAAUUGUUGGCCAGACUGCUAGUAUUGUGUCUCCAAUCGGCCCUGCUGCACCGCGACCUCAGAAUGUUGCUGCAUCCCAACCUCAAAAUGCUGCAGUACCACGACCUCAAAAUGCUCCAGCACCCCAACCUCAAAACGCCGCAGCGCGACCUCAAAAUACUGCACCAUUCCAGCCUCAAAAUGCUGCACCGCGACCUCCGCAGAUGGGAAUGGGUCAAGGCCCAGGCACGCCGGGUGAACCUCGCCCAGCUGGUACUGGCCCUCCACAAGCUAGCCAAGGCCCUGGCCCACAACCAGGCAUGCCACUACAAGGACCAGGUCCCAGAAUGGGAGGCCCAGGCCCGCAGGGUGAACUUCGCUCGACUGGUACUGGCCCUCCACAAGCUGGCCAAGGCUCUGGCUCACAACAAGGCAGGCCACCACAAGGACCAGGUCCCAGAAUGGGAGGCCCAGGACCGAUGCAAGGUCCGCCACACGGUCCUCAAAGUGGAGCGCCUCACCCGCAACAUCCAGGGCAUGGUGGCAGCGUCAGUUCAAUUCCUGGCCGAGGUCCAGGGGUUCAGAGACCUGGACCUCCAGUUAGGCCGGUGUUUGGAGUUUCAUUGGAUGAUCUAUUCCAGCGAGAGGGAUCUGCUGUACCCAUCAUUGUACUCCAAUGUAUCAAUGCGGUCGAUUCAUAUGGUCUGGAUGUUGAGGGAAUUUAUCGAACCUCAGGUUCGGCUCAUCACAUCAUGGAGUUAAGACAGCAGUUUGAUCAUGACGCCAGUGCGGUGGACUUCCGUAAUACUGCGGCUUUCUUUAACGAUAUUGCUUCAGUCACCACGCUCCUGAAGCACUUUCUUCGAGAUCUUCCCGAUCCACUCCUCACAUCGGCGCAAUAUCAAGACUUUAUCCAAGCUGCGAAACUGGACGAAGAGAGUGUGCGACGAGACUCAAUUCAUGCCCUCGUCAAUGCUUUGCCCGAUCCCAAUUAUGCCACCCUUAGAGCCCUGGCACUACACUUGCACCGAGUCGCCCAGCACAGCGACAAGAACAAAAUGACCAACAGUAACCUGGCUAUCGUAUUUGCUCCAACACUAAUGGGUCAGCACGCGAGCACGAAUGGACAUUCAGGAGGUGGAGGGGUUGAUAUAGCAGAUGCUGGCUGGCAGGCCAAGGUGGUGGAGACCAUCUUCAACAACACUUUCCAAAUUUUUGAUGAGGAUGAAUGA